UUGGAGACCCUGGGGCUGGAACCGGUGUUGACUGCCAGGUCGUUUCAAUCACCCACCAACCUGGUUCAGGCGAACGAUGGGCAGGUGUGGGUAUCCGAGCAGGGCGGGCGUGUCUGGAUAUUCAACGAGACGAAUCCUGACCACACCGCCGUACCCGAGGCCCUGGACAUCACAGACCGAGUGAGUAGCCGCGGUUCCGAAGAGGGGCUGCUGGGUAUGGCGUUAGACCCGGAGGACCAACGGCACCUGUACGUCUACUACUCCGCUGCCAACCCGCGCCGUUCGGUGGUCUCGCGUUUCACCAUUUCGACUGACAAUUCCUCUGCCGACCCGGACAGCGAAAUGGUGAUCCUGGAAGUUGAACAGCCGUACGCCAACCACAACGGCGGGCAACUCGCCUUCGGGCCGGACGGCUACCUGUACAUCGGCCUGGGCGACGGCGGAGCGGCCGGCGACCCGCUGGGCAACGGUCAGGAUACGUCAACGCUGCUCGGGACCAUCCUGCGAAUCGACGUAUCCGAGGCCACAUUUGACCAUCCGUACAUCAUCCCGCCGGACAACCCUUUCGUCGCAGACGGCGUCGCGCGCGGCGAAAUUUGGGCCUACGGCCUGCGUAACCCGUGGCGGUUUGCCUUUGACCGAGACACCGCCGAGCUCUGGGCCGGCGACGUGGGGCAGAACCGUUGGGAGGAAAUUGACCUCAUCGAGCGGGGAGCCGACUACGGUUGGAAUGUGCUGGAGGGCAACCAUUGCUUCCGUACCAGGGACGGUUGCGAUCGUACAGGAACAGUGCCGCCGGUAUGGGAAUACUCGCUGGAUGGUGAACCGUGCUCUGUUAUCGGUGGUUAUAUCUAUCGCGGCUCCACAAUCCGGUGGCUGAACGGCGCUUACGUUUACGGCGAUUUCUGCUCCGGCAAGGUCUUCGGCCUGCGCUACGUCGACGGCGAGGUGAUGGAACACAAGCAACUCCUCGACACCGGCAUGAGCAUCAUGUCUUUCGCCCAGGACAACAACGGAGAGCUAUACCUGCUUUCCCAGCAGUCGGGAAUCUACCGCCUCUCCAAUUAG